AUGAACAAUCUGUCUAUAAAGUCACUGACAAGAUCAUUGACCACCUUGUCAGUAGCCACAGAAUCACCUCUAUUAUACAGGAACUAUGGUCGUGUUAUAGACACUAUUGAAGUACCAGAAGGACUUGAGAGGUUUAAUAGACCACAUAGACGUCAACCUACACAUGCUCGCAAGCGUAGAGUAGUUAGAUUGAUUCAGACUAGAGCCAAUCUUAGACUUAAGGAGCAUCAGAAACCUAUUAGCAACUGGCGCAAUGCACCACAGAAUCAUCUGCCCAAGUUUGAUGAGAGCAAGGUCAAGCCAAAGAUCGACUACAAGGCACGUGUGGAUCAGCGACUCGACGAGCCAUUCGGCUGGAGGAAGCGUCAGGAGCAGCGCGAGCAGUUCAUCAAGCAGAAGGAGGAGGAGUUCCUCAGCCAGCUGCGAGUCAAGAGAAGUCAGCGUGAAGAGGAGCUGCAGCGAAUGAACGAGGCCAAGCGCGAGGCAUUGGAAGCAAGACGUCUGCAACAACAACAACAGACACUGCUAUCGACGUCAAACUAA